CGAAGAGCAGCAAUGGACUGGGGAUUCAGGAGCUACUUUAUUGAGUCGACGGCUGCUGCUCGUCUUCUCGUUCGUUUUGCCAGAUCCCGAGCCUUUUCCCAGAAAUGCCUGUCUUUAAAGUAGUCACCGCGGUAGCGAUGAGAGCGCUGCUGGUACGCAACGUUUCCUUACUGUGCGACUGAACGACUGAGCGACUGUGCGACUGAGAGACGGAGGGACUGAGCGACUGAGCGACUGAGCGACUGUGCGACUGUGCGACUGAGUGACCGAGCGACCCAGCGACCCAGCGACUAAAACGACCGAGCGACGGAGAUACUGCGUCAUAAGUGGGGCUGAUCGAUCACGACCAUGGCGCGAACCAGAUUCGCCUCGACCCUCCCGUCGGCCCUCCCUUCAGGCCUCUCUUGGGUCCGCCCUUCCCUGCGGCUCCGUCUCUUCGUCGCGGCGUCCCCGCUACUACCGGAGGCAUAUCUCGUGGAGGGCGAUCUCGUGGAGGGCGAUCGCGUGAAGGGCGAUCUCGUGGAGGGCGAUCGCGUGGAGGGCGAUCGCGUGGCACAAUUCCCCGACUGCCCGCUCACCGGGCGGCGGCGGCGACCCAAGAAAAAACCCCGGGACCCCUGCGUGGGCCAUCCUCUCGCCCCUCCUUUGCCUCCUCCUGCUGCUUUCCCUCCGUCGCGGCGUCCCCGCUACCGUUGGGCUAUCGCGUGGAGGAGUACCCCGACUGCCCGCUCACCGGGCGGCAACCCGAAUAUAUCGCGGCUUUUCCGGCCGUCGAACCGGGCCCUGGCUCGCCGCGGAGGUGCUUCAGCGAGGACGACGACAGGACGUGCUGCGGGCCGUGCGGCGGCUGGGAGCUCGGGUUAAGAUAUGUGCAAUCAAACGUCUCCCUCGUCUUUGACGCCUUUGGCGGCCCUGCUGCUGCUGGCAUCGACCCGGCCAACCCGCCCACUGCAUGUCAAGCCUCCAAGGCUAUCUGCUGUGCGCGCAUCUGCUCGAAAUGGUCAUGUGCGUGGCCACCUGCAACGCAGACACCGAAUUUGUUGUGAAGGAGCCGGAUGAAGGCCCUGUUCCCACCAUCAGCAUAUGCGAACAGCUGGCCGAUAGACUCAAGGAGUCGUGCGCCGGAACUCUGUUCGGUCGGAUCAACACCACCAUGGAUAGCUAUGCGUUCACCACGGAGGUCGUCACAGCGAUAGGCAGGCAGCUGUUUGGCAUCCCUGGCUUCACUGCUGUCAUCUCCUUCUCAGGGGGGUGCCUCGUAGGCCCGCAAGGCCAAGAGGGCUUCCCCAACACCACCUUCUGCUGUGAUCCGUUCAACUUCGAUCCCUCCCAAUGCCCCGUGGCCUUCCUAUCCAAGACCUUCGCCGAAACACACCCACACGAGGACCGCGUCAACCACUCUACCUCCAAAACUUUCGCCGAGACGUAUGCAGGCUACCUCAACCGUUCCAUCAACGCUACCCAAUGCAUGGCUGCUGAGCCUUAUGCGUAUGCGUCUCCCAUCUUCAUGCGUCUCCCUCCCAUCACUCCGCAUCCUCGAUUCCUCAUCUCUUCAGCCGGUUUAGGGCUCGUCACUUUAGGACUCUGCUGCUGGGUCUCCCUCCAUUAUUUUUGCAGGCAGCCCCAUUUGAGAAAACACUUUUGAGGCGUUUAAAAGCUACCGCCACCGUUCCAACUUCCAACAGUGCUACCGAAGGCCUUGUCAACAUAUAUAUUUGUAUAUGUUAAUAGGCUAGCUAGGAGCAUACUAUAGAGAGUACAACACUUAGAACAAGACUACCCUGUAUGCCCUAUGCUAGUCAACUCGCUACU